AAUUUCAAUGUGUAUCUUACAAACAAUAACAUUUUAUUUAUGGUUUUAAACUAGAGGUUUCUUUUGAUUAUAAUAUUAUGUACUGUUUCUAUAUCGAUUCAGAUCUGAAUUAUAAAUAAAACAAUAUCUAUUAUGUAAUGUUAAUUCUUUAAUUUGGUAUGUUAAUGUUUCUAAACCCAUCGAUAUAGCUUGAAAAUGUUUCCUCUUAACAAAGUAGAAGUACUUUGUGAUACAUUAACAUCUAAUAAAAUUACUGAACGUAAGAAGGCGUAUUCUAAUUUCUUAGAUAUUGUUCGGAAUAAUGAGGCAAUCAAAACUUUCAACGAAAAAGGCAACAAAUAUUGGUCAAUGCUUAUUACUUCUGUACAUCAAUGUCUUAGUAAGGAAGCUGACAAAGCUUUUGAAGAUAAUAGAAAGGGAAGAACUACUAUUCCUCUAAAAGGAAGCUUAUUUGCUGAAAUUGUGAAACUAACUGUCUCAGAAGGUAGGGGCUACAGUGUAGAAACUAUCACCAAUUGUAUUAAUCAGUGUUUGGAAAAUGAUAUUUUGAGUCAGUACUACCUCAUAAACUAUUUGAAUGCAUUACAAAGCAUUAUGUUACCUAAUGAGUAUAUUCGAUCUAACAUAGUACAGUCAGACUGGAAUGUGAUAUAUAGGAGAUUAAAGAUUAGAUAUAGAGCUGAUACUGAAAGCAAUGCAAAUAUAUCUAAAGAUUUAUUGAAUACUCUUUCUCGUUAUAUAAGAUAUGGACCUUUACAUGGUUUGUCAAUAGAACUAUUGAAGGAACAGUUCAGUUUCAUUCUUGAGCUUUGUCGAAGUAUUAAUAUAAAUUCUUCAAGACUGAGUCAAAUUGCUAUUGUGGAAAUAAUAUAUAACUUUUGUUUACAUACUGCUAAGGACUGCCGAUCUUCUUGUUGUAAGCUUGGGGAAGAAACAUUUCACUCUCUAAUUGGAUUAUAUGAAAUUCAAAAUCCUAGGGAUGAUGAACUGAAGUUAAUGUUAACAAAAUAUCUACUACUCCAAUUUGUACUACACCAUCCAACUGGUAUUCUUGACAGCCAUUCAGGAGCUUAUGCAUACUCAUGGGAAACAUGGAAUCAAUGUAUAAAAUCAAUAUAUAAAAAAUGUCAUGAAGAUAUUGUUCAUUGUUCUAUGCUGCGUUCACACUAUGGAAAUACAAUGCCCAUUUGUAUCGAUGGGAAAAUCAAAUAUUUACAAAAGGAUUUUGCUAGACUAUUUGCGGAAUCAAUAAAACAUAUGGAAUUCAAAACAAGAAGUUUCAAGGAAGAUCCAUUAAGCGUCAAAAGAGUAAAAAUGGAAUCACCUAUUGCAGAUCUUAUACAUUCAAUUGAAACGAGUCAACAAUGGACAUGGAUAAAUAUUAUGUGCACUCUACUGAAAAUAUAUCCAAAUAUAAUUACUGAGUCAUAUUUUUCAUCACUGCUACAAAUUCUAUCAAAACUACAAGUUGAGUGUAAAGAUAACACCUUAGCUCAUCAUAUAUAUUGUUGUUUAAUCUUGCUUGAAGAAAUUCAGAAUUCUCUUCAACUCGGAGAAUAUUCGGAAAUUCAAAAUACUUGGAUCAUCAUCCGUGAUACAGCUUUGAGGACUUUUGGAUUAAAUCAAAAGGAUCCAGAGUUGCAUAAUCUUCUUCAGAAGCUUUUAGUAGGUUCCUUCAACAUCAAUUCUGGAAGCAUACUCCAAACAUAUCUUUCAGAUGUUUUGGAUGUAACAGAACACAAUUUAAUGACUUUAUGUAAAAUUUUUGAUCAACUGAAUACAUCACAAUCUAAUACACAGAAAAAACUAUUAAUCAAAUGGAUUUUCAACAAGAAUAAUUCGGGAGAUUAUAGUUAUCUAUCGAAAAACAUUACAGCAAAAAUUUUGGUUGGUCUUAUUGCUAAUAAGUGGCUUGCUUCUUCAAAUGAAGCAGAUUUCUAUAAAACAGAAAAUAGUGAAGAACCUUUCCAAGAAAUUGCAGAUAUUUAUUUGAAGGUUGGAUUUGAUACAUCACUAAUAUCUACUAGGGAUAAAAAGACACACAAAAUGAAUAAAUACAACAAAAAAAAAGUUAUAUUGCAAGAAGAUUUAUGUAUUUUUUUGAAAGAUUCAAUUCAAACAUGCUUAGACAUAAUUGAAGAAAUUGAAACGUCGAUUAAACUGAUACAAUUAUUAAACCUCACAAUACUUAUAAAGAAUAUUUUAAGUAAUUUGUUGAACUUUCAAUUAAUUGAGGAAAAGGAUAUUGACGAAAAUAUCCUACUAGAAAUUAUGAUGUCGCUGUUUGAAAAAAUAAACAGUUUCUUGAUCUUUUGCUGUGAUAGAAUUUUAGAUGAUGUGAUGAUUUCUUUUUUAUGCAAAAGUAUGAUUCUUAUGCAAAAAAUUUUUGCUGAUUCUUCAAAUACUUAUUUUGAUAAAAAAAUCAGGAGAAUUAUAACAACAGAUCAGCUGAUGACAGUCUUCAAGAUUCUGAUUGAAGAUGAAAGAGAACAAAAAUAUGACUUUAAACAAUUAAAAUUACCACUACUAAAUUUGAGGAAGCUUGUUAUUAAAACAUUGGUUACUUAUUCUUGUGGUCUGCCAAAACUAGUGACAUAUGAUCAAAAAUGUAUGUUUGAUGCUUUAGUGGGAUUUAAAUAUAGCAUCGAUGAAUAUUCAAACUGUGAUUUGCCUUUUACAUUUUUGAAAAGUAUAAUGGAAAGUAAAAUUGAAAAACUUGAUGAUUUCCAAGUUGCUGCAGUAUUGUCUCUUCUGUUCUGUUUAUGUCAAGAAAGAUAUAAAUACUAUUCUUGUGCAAAAGAUAUAUUAGAGUUCAUACACUAUUUUUCCACAACAGUUGCAAAUUAUGGAAAUGAAGAAUCAAAAACAAAAAUGAUGGGUAUGCUUCAUCCAUUUUAUGUGGAACGUAAACAUUAUGGACCAGAAUAUAAUGUUAUUUUAAUAAAUUGUAUGGGAAAAUUAUAUGAGAUCGAUGUUCUAGAAAAUUUUGCUAAAUGGAAUGGCACUGAAGUGAUAUUGAAGUUACCAGAAUUUCUUUGUGAUGAGUACUUAGAAGUUAGAUUUGUUGCUAUCCAAAAUAUUGUUAAAUUUUUUGAAAUAUCAUCUGCUAGAAAAAAAAUUGAGGAUUUUCACUUACAAGAAAUUAUAUUCCAGAAAAUUUGUGAUAAAAGUGAUAAAAUUUUCGAAGUAGAAGGAAAUUUAUCUGAAGAAAGACAAAUAGAUGAGAUUGUUUCUAGAUCUGCUAGUGCAUUACAUCUUUUAUGUUCUGUACUGAUAACUAGUCAUCAAUGGAGAGAAAAUGCUCUCUUUGUUCUAUUCAAAAUAAUUCAUAAGCGUCAUCUGGAUUCUUUUCCAAAAGUAUUGAAAAUGAUUGCAAGACAGUUGAACCUGGAACAUGACCUUAUAUUUUUGGAGAAAUAUUCAGGUGCCAUUCUCAGAAGAUGGUUGAAUGAAGAACUUAGCUUAGAUAGCUUCCUUUUCUCUUUAUUUAGUUGUGGCAGUGAAACUGUUUUUUAUAAGAAGUAUUUGAAAGAAAUUGUGCCGUUUUUUAUUGAGAAACAAAAGGAUUUAGAUGUUUUAAAACACACUGGAAAAUCAAUGGCUUCUAUUUUGGAUGAGUGCUUUUCAACUUUAUGUAUAAGAAGCUUAAUAUCCAAUAUUACCAAACUCUCUAAUUUUGAAUUUGAGAAUAAUAAUAUGGUUAAGAUUCUAAUGGAACAUUUUGGAGAACUUGAAUUUAAAUCCAAUUUUGCUGCAAAAAUCGAUGAAAUAAUAUUAACUCUAUUAUCAUCUAUUGAGGAUGAGAAAAAUUUUUAUGAAAAAUUCAAUAUAACCCUGAUUCUUUCGAAAUCUUCCGCACAUACUAUUAAUGUUGAUGAUUUCAAUAAAGCCAUUAAUAUCAUUAAGGACUAUGUAUGUUCUGGAAAAUCCUUGCUGCCAUUUUUAUUUACUGAGAAUGUCCAGAAACUUCAGAAGAUAAUGAUGAAGUUGAAUGUCAAAAUUCAUGAUUCUAUUGCAUUAGAGGAAAAAUUGGUAGCAUUUCAUCAUUACACUAUAAUGAAUGAUUUAUCUGUAGAGCAUUUUAAUUUAUCUGAAGCUAGGGAAUACUUUAUAAGAGAUAUAUGUUACUCCCUUAUCAGAAUUAUUAAAAAUAAUUCUGAAUAUUCAGAGCUCCGGAAAAGUGCCAUUUUAUAUUUCAAGGAAUGCUCUAAGAAGUUGAUUAAUUUUCCAGAAGUUAAAAAACAUUAUGUACCUAUAGUUUCAACAUUCAUCAAUAUUAUUAUCGAGGAAAAAGAUGAAGUUCUUUUUAAUCCAUCUUUGGAUAUCUUAAAUUAUUUGAUUAUCAGCCUUAAAGACACUUUCGAAGAUAAUGUUAAAAGUAUGGAUGAUUUACCUGAACAUCAGCUGUUAGUAGAAUUAUGCCAGUUCCAAACUAAAUUGAAAAAUUCUAGUGAAGAAAUGUGUCUGAAGAAAGAAAUUAGGAAUUUUAUUAGUAAUGGUUAUACAAACAAAGAUUGCUCUUCAAAAAUUGAUACUCUGAAGAACUUGAAAGUAUAUUUAUUUACUCAAAAAAGACAAUUGAAAAAUUUAUAUAAGGACCUCAGUAAACUCAAUGGUUUUUCUGAAGAUUGUGAGAACAGUUUACUACAUCAGUUGGUUAGCCUGCUGGUGGAUUUGUGUCAUUCUAAAGAUAAAGGAGUAAGUAUGGAAGCUUUAAAAUGUUUGGGCGAACUAGGACCAUCAGAUUUGAUGACUUUAAUAGUUAAACCAGACAAAUUGUUAACUUUAGAAAAUUCAACUCCGGAGGAAUUUUUUACUGGGCUAGUAAUAUCUUUGUUGAAUACAUAUCUUAUUGAUGAUAAUAUUCAACUUAUGUGUCCAAGUGUUGCCAUUUUAUUUGAUACUAUCAAUACAUUGGAAGGUAGAAAGGUAUUAGGAGAGGAUUAUGGAUAUGGACCUAUUCCAAAUAAGUAUUUCAUUCCAUUCUUCACUGACAAAAGGCCCAAAUCCUUCAUUAUAAAUUUGAAGAAAAGUAUGGAUGAGCUUGCAUCUAAAAUUAAUCAGAAUCAAUUAUGGUGUCCAAAUGAAACAAUGGAAUAUGAUGAUUGGAUAAGAAAUUUACUCUGUAACCUAUUACAAACUUUAUCAGAUUGUUAUUUGGUCCGGUUAAUACCAAUUUGUAAACUUAAGAUUGAAUUUUGUGAGGUUUUACUCCCCUCUUUAAUUUAUCUUUUGGUUAGUUUGAAUGAAAAAGUUAAUACUAUAAUAAUUGGAAAAAUCAACAAGUUCUUUGAAGAACAUUGGUUGGCAAUAAUGUCAUCUUGUAAAAAGAAUCGUAUAAUACUCAAUAAGAAAGCUGUGAAAGUGAUGUUGAGUGUAGUUCAUUUUGUGAGAGUUACCAAAAAAAAUAUCAAGAUAAAAAAGAAAAUGGAAGAUCUCGAUUUAGACUAUUUGAAAAUAGCCAAGGCUGCACAAUACUGCAGUGCAUAUUUUACAUCUUUAUUGUAUACUGAGAUAUGGUGUCAUUCUAAAGUUGAAGUAAAUAAUUCUUUUUCAUUUAAAAGCUCCAUAUUGGAUUUUAUUCAUGAAACAAACAACGAAGAAAGUUCUUUGGCUAUACUUAAUAUAUUAAGAUCUUCUUAUAAAGCUAUUGGCGAUGUGGAUUCACUUCAAGGUUGUGGAACAUCUUUAUUAUUAAAUCCUGAGCUUCGAAUAGAACAUUUUAAGGAUUCUGGAUUGUGGGAUCAGGCAAUAUUAUGUCAGAAUAUGCAAAUAUCGCAAGGCAUACCAAUGUCUAAAGAUAUGUUAAUGGAUAGUUUCAAACACUGUGGAUUAUAUGAGACUUCAUUAAUGUGCAACGAUCCUCAAAUACCACCAGAUUAUGAAUGCAUGUGGAGAUUAAGUAGCUGGACUUCAUCAGAUGUGAAACAAACAGAUAAUUUAAAACAGGCUUCAUUCAAAAAUAGAAUGGAAAAGUACAAGUAUCUUAUACUAAAAGGAGUUCAUGAAAGAGAUGUUUUCAGUGUAAUGGAAUAUAUAGGAGAAGCUAGACUUUCAAUUGUUGAAAAACUGAAGCAUACUAGUUUGGAAAGUAGCAGUAAUCUCUAUGGAAUUCUUGUUUACUUACAGGGUUUCAAUGAAAUUGAGGACUUUUUGAAUGCAUAUUCGAAUAUUGAUGACCUUAAUCUCAUUAUAAAAAAAUGGUGUCAACAAGAUGAUAUUGAGAAAAAAUUUGAAUAUGUUGAACCGAUUAUGACGCAAAGGAUGGUGCUUCUCAAUGAUUUUAUCAAAGAAUCUGAAGAUGUUGCAGUCUAUAAAAACCAUCUGAUUAAUUUAGCCCUGAAAUUAUCUGAGAAAGCAAGAAAAGAAAAUAUAAACCAUUUUGGAAUUCGUUCAUUGAAUUUUAUAAGAAACCUACCAAGGCUUACACAAGAUCAUGAAAACAGAAUUUUACUUGAAGAUGCACAAUUAUGUUGGAUAAAUAAUAACAAGCUCAUUAGCAGAAGAAUUCUGAAUAAAAUAUCUGGAAAUGAAAAUAUCGAUCCAAAACUAAGAUCUGAAGCUCUCAAAUUGAGUGGAAAAUGGAGUGCAGAAACAUACUCAGAAAAUGCUAAUGCUAUAAUCAAGAACUAUUUAGAAGCUUCUUUGACUAUGAUUGAAGAUUCUGAGAAAACAAAAAAUGAUUUGAAAUCUAUUUAUGAAACCUAUGAUACGUUAGGAAGAUUUGCAGAUAGAGAAUAUCAACAGAUUACUGCUCACAUCUCCUCAGAGGUUUUCCAGAAAAAGAUAGAAAAUUUUCAAAAAUCUACUGAAGCCUUGAAACACUUCAAAAAAGCUACUACAAUAGAAGAAAAACAAGCAAAAAUUAUUCAAGAAAGACAAAGUACGAUUGAUCAAGUGGAAAUUGAAAAUACCAAAAAAGAAAAAGAGUACUUUUUACAAAUUUCCCUUAAGUAUUACAUGAAAAAUCUAUCAUGCAGCGAUGACAGCCAUUUACAAAUUUUCAGAGUUAUGGCAUUAUUCCUGGAGAAUAGAACAUCAGAGACUAUCGGAGAACUUGUUGAAAAAUAUAUCCAAAAGAUUCCUACCUACAAAUUCCUUACAAUACUGCCCCAGCUUAUUCCACAUAUCGCUGAUGAAAAUAAUGCAGAUUUCUUUUCCCUCAAGGCAAAUGAAAUAAUUCAUAAAUGUGCAAAAGAACACCCUCAUCAUACACUACCAAUAAUCUUAUCAUUAGCUAACUCGUUGAAAGAUUCUGAAUAUAGUAAAGGAAAAACUAAAAUUACCAUUAAUGAGGAAAGGGUUUCAGAGGCUAAGAAAAUAAUCAUGUCAUUAAAAAAAGAGCCUUCUUUGAGGAAAAUAAUAAAUGAAUUAGAAGAUGUUUCUGAUGCUCUAGUUGAGCUAGCAUAUGUUGUACCAAAAGAAAAUAAAAGAAAAUAUGACAUAUCAAAGAGAAGUAAAAUUGCCAGUGUUAAAAAUUUCUCUAGUGUUUCAAUGCUUACACAUAAUUUAAAAAUCCAACAAAAUGGAAAAUAUGAAAAUAUAAUUGGAAUAUAUUCUUAUGAUUCUCAGUACAGUUUGGUAGGAGGUAAAAAUGUUCCCAAAAAAAUUAAGUGUAUAGGUACAGAUGGUUAUCCAUAUGAACAGCUUGUGAAGGGACAAGAUGAUCUAAGACAAGAUGCUGUUAUGCAACAAGUUUUCACCAUAAUGAAUAGUUUGCUAUCAGCUGACAAGCAUUCCCACGGUUUGAAAAUCAGGACUUACAAGAUCGUUCCUCUCUCCAUGAGAAGUGGAGUUUUAGAAUGGGCUAAAAAUACAAUGCCUGUAGGUGUAUACCUCACUGGAGAUGCAGAAAUAGAAGGGGCUCAUCAGAGAUACCGGCCACAAGACAAAAGACCAUCAACUUGUAGAAAUGAAAUUGCGGAUGCAGCUAAAACAAAUGCUGAAAACAGACUGAAAGUAUUUAAUAAAAUUUGUAGAGAAUUCAAACCUGUGUUCCAUAAGUUUUUUGAAGAGAAUUUUCUACAUCCUACAGUUUGGUAUGAGAGAAGAAGGGCUUUUAUACAUAGUGUGGCUACUACAAGUAUGGUUGGAUAUAUCUUAGGCCUUGGAGAUAGGCAUGUUAGCAAUAUCUUGAUAGAUAAAACCACUGCCGAAUUAGUACAUAUUGAUUUUGGUAUUGCUUUUGAACAGGGUAGGAUAUUGCCUACUCCAGAGACAGUACCUUUUCGGCUCACAAGAGAUUUUGUUGAUGCUAUGGGAAUCUCUGGUGUUGAAGGUGCUUUCAAAAAAUCAUGUGAGAAAACUAUGAAUGUAAUGAAGGAUAAUUAUCAAACUAUCAUGGCCAUAUUAGAAGUUUUAUUAUAUGAUCCUUUAUAUAGUUGGACAGUAAGUGUGGCAGAAGCUAAUAAAAGGCAACGCUUAUCUCUUGAUGAUACAACAAACUACAGAACAUCACCCCAAUCCAGUGAAACAGAUUCUUCAGUGAAUACUACUGCUCAGAGAGCUCUAAUGAGACUCAAAGCCAAACUUCUUGGUACAGAAGAAGGAACUCCCAUGAGUGUGGAACAUCAAGUGGGAGUUUUAAUACAUCAAGCCAUGGACCCAGCUAAUCUUUCAAAAUUAUAUUGUGGCUGGCAGGCAUAUUUAUGAGUUAUAUCAUUGUUGAAAUUAUAUGAGAAUCUCUAAUUUUGUAAAAUUUAUGAAAAUGUUAUAAGUAUGUUCGUGUUUUUUUAUAUUUGUUCUGAAUAGUACUAAGACUUUUUGUAUUAAUAAUAAAAAUUUAUGAAUGUUUGAAAUA